AUGGCCAGUCCGGUUGAAGAUAGAGGAAGCAUUGAAAGCACUGGUUGUGAAUUGCCUACUACAGCUAUCCUGGAUCAUCAAGUCAUGGCAAAUGAUGAAGUCAAACCUGUGGCUACACAAAACAAGUUUCAAAUAAAAUUUACUUCAAUUAACCCAGUCAACCUAGUCGGCCCAGAUUCUGGGUGCAACAGCAACAAUGACCCCACUCCCUCUGGAAAAAAGGAACUUGAAGCAGCUUACUACAGCUCUAAGAUGUUCAACUUCUUCGAGACACAACUUUAUCGAAAUGGUCUGCUCAGCACCAUAGGUGCUACAGCUUCAUCUGAUUCAUUUAUUUUAUUCCCACUUCUGCCUAUAGAAUUACAACGAAAGAUUUGGUUCUACGCUUUGCCUCCACCAGACAGCAAUGUUUGGGCUCUGUUCCACGUAAGAUAUUGUCAGAAUAAUACCAAAGCUGCGAUUUCUAUCCACUGUCAUUCCAGGGAAAUCAGUAAACCUGCAUUCCCAUUCCUAUAUGCUCUACAACCUGUAUGCCGUAUGGCACGAGAGAUGUUCUUGAAGCACUAUAGUCAAUUCACAUUUGAUGGAAUCAAUAAUAAGAACAUCCGUGAUCCUGAGGAUGAGGAUGACAAUAAUUACCGAUUGGUGACGGUAAUAGCAAAACCUGGUAUAUGGAAUAUGGCCACUUCAAGGAGCUUUUCGAAGAGGAAGACGAGAAUAUCAUGGAAGCCCUCGAUGAGGAAUCUUUCGAGGAGGAACGUCUCAUUGUUAUUGACGACGACUAAGCUCGUUGUAUUUUCUUGCCUCUGGAGGAGUAGUAAUUUCUCAUGGAAGUUGGAGGGAGGUCCAAGAUAUUGUCAACACGCCAUAGUUUCCUUCGCGACAUUCGAUACCCAUGAUCACCAAGCUUCAGUAGGCUCACAUUUCCAUCUGAAUUUUGGAGAGUUUUGA